AUGGCCUUUCAACAACCUACGCGGCGGCCGUCCCAGCAGCGCGCCGUUCGCCCAGUGCACGAGGACGAGCGAGACGCUGCCCAGGUACAUAUUCAAGACCCAACCGCCACCGAUGCCGCCCACUCUUGGGUGCUUUUUGAGCCCGCCGACGACACAACAACAGCUUCCUACCUCAGCGAAGAAGAAGAAGAAGAAUCCUUACCUACCCCCGGUCGAUCGAGGCUUAGUGACAUAGGAAGUCUGAACACCUUUGUACACUCCGUCAGGGACACCGAGUCGCGGCAGUCUGGCGUCCUAUCAAGCGCUAUCGACGAGGAGUCGGUAGAGGAUGACCCCGAGCUCGACAGUCUCGAUAGCCACUUGCCUGAGUUUAGGACAGUUCCCAGCUUAUAUACCCAGCCAACGGGUGCUGCCAUACCCCAGAAUCUCCCCGUUCUCCCCGCUCAUGAUGGCCUAGGCUCCUUCCGGAUAGAUAGUCCUGAAGUCCAGGAGCAAAUCUAUGCUUUCGAGAGAUUCAACCCCAAGCGCGUGCGGAGGCGGCGCGAGAGUAUUGAGCUUGCGCAGCUUGAGAUGGAAGUCGAGCAAGAGCAAGAGACGCAUAAGAUGCAGAGGAUCGAGGCUUGGCGUUUGGAGCAAAGCCGCAUCCUUUUGGAAGAAAUCAGCAAGGAAACGAGGCGGCGUCGACAGUCUGUGGCGUCGGUUAGACCAGCUGUGACACCAGAGGAGAAGAAGGCUGAAGAUGUUGCGACUUUAAGUGUCAUCGGAAACGAAGACGAUGCUGACAGCAUGGACUGGCAUUAUGAGUCAUAUGACAGCAAGGAUGAUGAACGAGGCCUGCUGGCCAGGAUUGCACAGAAAGUUCUCGAUGACUUGGGCAUAGACGAAAGGAUGCUCUCCAUCCUUCUCGGAGAGGUCCUUCCCAUGGAUGAUGACCUGUCUACAACACCCAAGGCAAGCACAGAUUUAUCCAGCACAGCUACCCCGACUCCCAGUGACUCGUCCUGGCAAAUGCGGGCCCUUGAGCGUGUUUCCAAAGAGCUUGGCAUGCGGGUGAACCAACUGUCGCAGCAUCCAGGUGCCUUUUCGACCUAUACCCGCAUGCAACAAAUGCCUAUUCCUUACGCCGGUCUACCAGUCAUUCCAGAGUCGGCUGUUGACACGCCCACUGCCCCCACAGUGCAGGACGUGUCUACGGCGAUGCCCGAAUUUAAACCAACAAUUGUUCAACACGCACGUCCCAUCGACAUCUCCGCUGCCAGGAAUCAGCCGGACGCUCCUGUGCCCGUAAUCCGAGAUGACUCAACACCUAUGCCUGCUUCUUUUACUCAGGAGGAGUGGGAGCAAGACUUGGAUGUCAAUCUCGUCUUCAGAUAUUUGCGGUCACGAUUUAGUUCACGGUCUACACCGUCGUCCGCUUUCACAACUGGUACCUCCCACCUUGCCACCACUAGCACGCCAGAUACAGCAGCUAAGGCCGCGCGGGUGCGUCAGCAUCACCCGCUCGUCUCCCGAGUGCGACCGGUAGAGCGGAGAACAUUCAAAGCGACGACGCCAUCGAGUCCAGCAGCCAUGCGGCACGCUUCCAGCUGUGCUAGCCAAAGCACACGACGAUCUGCGAGACGCAGCAGUGUGUCAUCACGGCACUAUUGGGAUAUUGGAGGAUCUAUCGGAACGGGAUCAGUCAUUGCUUCGGCAGGCCCCAUGGGUAGCUGGGGCGAGGUUUAA